AUGGAAUAUGAGAAUCGGUUCAGACAAGCUCAUAGACAAAAAUAUGAUUGUCUUCUUUUUGAUUUAGAUGAUACUUUGUAUCCACUAAGCUGUGGUAUUGCUAAAGCAUGUGGCCAAAACAUUAAAGAUUACAUGGUUGAGAAGCUUGGCAUAGAGAGAAACAUAAUUGAUGACAUGUCCAAUCAUCUUUACAAAAACUAUGGAACAACUAUGGCUGGUUUAAGGGCAAUUGGAUAUGACUUUGACUAUGAUGAAUAUCAUAGUUUUGUUCAUGGGAAAUUACCAUAUGAGAAUUUGAAACCAGACCCAGUUUUAAGAAACCUCUUGCUGAGUCUACCUUAUAGAAAACUAAUCUUCACAAAUGCAGACAAAGUUCAUGCAGUUAAGGCACUAAACAAGCUUGGAUUAGAAGAUUGUUUUGAAGGAAUUAUAUGUUUUGAGACACUUAAUCCUAUCCACAAGAACACUGUCUCUGAUGAUGAUGAAGAUGACAUUGACUUUGUAGGUUCAAGAAGAACCAACCAUACAACAAGUACUAGUGCUAGUAACUUGCAAAUAUUUGACAUUAUUGGCCAUUUUGCACAAUCCAAUCCAACUCAAGCUUUGCCAAAAACACCAAUUAUUUGCAAACCUUCAGAAUUUGCCAUUGAGCUGGCUCUCAAAAUUGCUAAUCUGGACCCACAAAGAACUUUAUUCUUUGAGGAUAGUGCUAGAAACAUACAAGCUGGAAAACGUGUAGGACUUGACACAGUGCUGGUUGGAAAAUCACAGAGAAUUAAAGGUGCAGAUUAUGCCUUAGAAAGUAUCCACAACUUAAGGGAGGCAGUGCCAGAAUUAUGGGAAUCUGAACUUAAAUCAGAAGUUGCUUAUCCUAGCAACCUUGCUGUGGAGACAUCUGUGACUGCUUAA